UUAUUUUUUGACAACUCUUUAUUUACAAUUGAAAGCAGAAAGAAGAAAAGAAAAACAAAACUUGAAUGCAUUUUAAUAAUCGUGAAUGCAAUGAAAACUGCACAAAAGUCAAAAAAUAUAGAAUUUAAAGCUGUAAUUAGUGAUAUUAAAUGCAACAAACUGCAACCAGCAUCGUAAAUCAUUUCAUUGUAAAGAGAUAUAUUAUCCGUAUAUAGUACAACUGACCAAACCGAACUGCAUUAUAUCUAAAUAGCCAAAUAUGCACUCAUAUGUUUGUAAGUAAAUCAGAGAUUCUAGUUUUUCAUCUUUGGCAUUGCUGGUGGAAGAAAACUAAGCAGAGCUAAAAAAGUCGAAUUGUGUGGAAAAGGUGAGCUAAGCCGAGAAACCAGAGUGGCAAUAGCAUUUACAUUUGUGCAGUAGAGUGAGCGUGUGCUGCAAUGAGCAACGAUCAGCUUUUAUAUAAUUUACGUAUUCAAAAGUGAAAGAAUUAAACUUUAAUUAUUUGCAACACAGAUGUCGAGUUGGCUGGAUUAGACAAAGUGGUUCAAACGAUCAAAUAUUAACAUUUCUGUUAACUGCAACAAAAUUUAUAAAAUUUUUGGUAUAUUGUUUGGAAAUAUCACAAAUAUUAGAAAUGUCUAUGAACAAUUUAUCAAUUGAUGGCGAGUUCCGUUACAUCAUACAGUGGUUUAACGAGUGGAGUGAGUUGCAGCGCGAUGACUUUGUACCGGUGUUGUUAGAGUAUUUGCAACAGGAAGGUUCAAACGGCGUAUAUAUGAAUGGCAUAGUAAAUUCUGUGUCCCAAACCAACAUUCAGGAUAAGCCGAUGAGCUUAUUUCAAUGUAGGAUAAAACUCUUCCGCGAGUGGAACAAAAAAUGGCCUUCGGAUUUAAAACUGAAGUUGCAGGAAAAAGUUACCGAAAUUGAUUCGAAAGUGGGCGAAAAGAUAACAAAAGAAAUCACGCCUACCGCUGUGGAACAAGUGAAUGUUUGUAACGGUGAUGCAGUCGCCAUCGAAACACAUCAUGAAGUUAAUGAAGGAGAUGAAGAGAAGAAAAUAACUGCUGAAAUUGCUGUUGAAGCUAAUGAGGUUGCAGAGGUGCCAACAAAUUUGGAAAGUCACAUUGUAGAAGCACUAAAUAAUGAAACACCAGUUGAUGACAAUAAUUCGAAUGAAAACGUUGAUAACCAGAUUGCCGAUACCACACCAACAACUAGCACGGUCACAGUUACUGCUAUCGAAAACUCAAUUGAUAAUGCACAGUUACAAUUGGAACCAGAUGAACAAGUUCAAAUACCAGCAGAAAGUGCAUUAGAAGAAAAUAUAACAGUUGUAGAUAGCAUUGCAACCACCACUGCCACUGUUGCAUAAAAGCAACGAUUGAUCUAUAAAGAGAAAAGCAACAUCAAAUAGCAGUUAUUUACCUGCUCUAGCAUGGCUACUAAUAGUAAACAAGAACAAAUAUGGAAUUAAUUAUCUACAUUCACAAUGCAUAUAAAAUACGAUAAAUGGGGUAAUUGACUUUGAUUAUUCUUUAACAACUCGUUCAAUUACAAUACCGUUAUAGACCGACGCAUUUAAGUGCAUAAUUGAAUUAGUUUUACAAAAUCGUUUAAUCCCAUAAACUGAGUUGUAUUCCAGUAAAAAGAAAAAAAUUCUGCAACAAUUGUAUUUAAUACAAAAUUCUCAAUGAUCUACACAAAAUAUUUAAAAUGAAAUUAUUUAUUAAAAAUUUUCUAUAAAAAUUAGUUGCUCGAAAUCAUAACAUUCCAUUUACAUUACAUACUUAUGUUGAAAACAUAAAAUUAAAAAAAAAAAUUAUAUAUAAAAAAUUUUCUAUAAAAAUUAGUUGCUCGAAAUCAUAACAUUCCAUUUACAUUACAUACUUAUGUUGAAAACAUAGCAUUUCCAUCUUUAAUUCUAGACUUAAGCAACUAGUGUAAGCAACAUACAUGCAUAUAUACAUAUAUUUUUAUCAAUUUCUUAACUAAACUAAAUAAACGGUAAACUCAGUGUAAUUUUUGUGUGAACUUUUUGUACAAUUGUGUGUUUAAGACACACGAAAAAAACAUUAAAUUACAAAAUAAAGUUUCAUUCUUGCAAAUAUC